CUUUCCAACCAGCUCAUUAGUUGGAAAACAUCGAAGCCGUAAACAGCUCAAACCAAAUAAAGAGAACAGGAGAAAACAAAAAAGAAUUUUGUGAAAAAUAAAAUUUAUAAAGAAUAAAAUUUGAAGCAGUUUUUUUUGGCUAUAGAAACGUCAGUGACAUAAAAAGUUAUAUAAAAUUUAAUAAAAGAAAAGUGUUAAAUCUUUAAAUUAAAUUUUAAACAAGUGUUUUUUUUAUUAAUAAAAUAUAAAUAAAUUAUUUAAAAAUGAAACCUACAGCUGCUGAAAGUUUGGAAGUCAUUUCACCUAAAGUACAAAUCACUGAUAGUUUUAUUGAAACCGAUUACGAGUAUCAAACUUCACAAGUAAAACGUUUGGCCAAUGGAAAAAUUCAGGUUUUCCCCGAAACCACCAAUUUAAAAAUUCGCACCGACAAAAAAGUACCCCGCUUGGGUUUGAUGUUGGUGGGAUGGGGUGGUAACAACGGUUCCACCUUAACCGCUGCUCUCGAAGCCAACCGCCGCCAAUUGCAAUGGCGCAAACGUACCGGUGUACAAAAGGCCAAUUGGUUUGGUUCCAUUACCCAGGCCUCUACUGUUCUUUUGGGUUCUGAUGAAGAUGGCAAAGAUGUUUAUGCACCCAUGAAGGAUUUGGUGCCCAUGAUCAAUCCAGAUGACAUCAUUGUAGAUGGCUGGGAUAUUAGUUCCCUUAACAUUGGUGAUGCCAUGCGUCGUGCUCAAGUUUUGGAUGUUGAGCUACAGGAUCAAUUGUACAAAGAUUUAAGUCAAAUGAAACCCCGCCCCUCUAUAUAUGAUCCUGAUUUUAUUGCCGCCAAUCAAUUGGAUAGAGCCGAUAAUCUCAUUAAGGGUACUAAAUACGAACAGUAUGAACAAAUACGUCGUGAUAUUCAAGAUUUUAAGACCAGCAAGAAUUUGGAUUCUGUUUUGGUUCUAUGGACGGCCAAUACCGAACGCUUCAGUGAUAUUAAGCCUGGUUUGAAUAUGACCAUGCAAGAAUUGGAGGAAUCUUUGAAGGCUAACAAAUCGGAAGUCUCUCCUUCAACCAUUUUUGCCAUGGCCAGUAUUGCUGAGGGUUGCACUUAUAUUAAUGGUUCACCACAAAAUACUUUUGUACCUGGUCUCCUUGAAUUGGCUGAACAUAAGGGUGUUUUUAUUGCCGGCGAUGAUUUCAAAUCGGGUCAAACUAAAUUGAAGUCUGUGUUGGUGGAUUUCUUAGUGGGUGCUGGUAUUAAGCCGGUAUCGAUUGUCAGCUACAAUCAUUUGGGCAACAAUGAUGGCAAAAAUUUGUCGGCUCCUCAACAAUUUAGAUCAAAGGAGAUCUCCAAGAGCAAUGUAGUCGAUGACAUGGUAGAAUCCAACAAGUUGCUCUAUGGACCCAAAGAACAUCCAGAUCAUGUGGUGGUCAUUAAAUAUGUUCCCUAUGUUGGUGACAGCAAACGUGCCAUGGAUGAAUACACUUCGGAAAUUAUGAUGGGCGGCCAUAACACUCUUGUCAUACACAAUACCUGUGAAGAUUCCCUCUUGGCUACUCCUCUUAUUUUAGAUUUGGUUAUUUUGGGUGAAUUGUGCUCACGCAUACAAAUCAAGAACAAGAAUGAACCAAAUGCUCCUUGGGUACCCUUCAAACCGGUAUUAUCUAUAUUGAGUUAUUUGUGCAAGGCUCCAUUAGUGCCCGAGGGCGCCCAAGUGGUUAACUCUCUAUUCCGUCAAAGAGCUGCCAUAGAGAAUAUUCUACGUGGAUGCAUUGGUUUGGCACCCAUUAAUCACAUGACUUUGGAACAAAGAUUUGAUUUCUCGAGCAUUACCAAUGAACCACCAACCAAAAAACUCAAGACCUCUUUGGCCCAUAGCAAGCAACAGCAUAUCAAGGCUCAUGCUAAUGGUCAUGCUAAUGGUAUUACAACAAAUGGUACAAAUGGUGUUCAUUAAAUUGAGCAGCAAAUUUCCCCAUUUUCUCUCCUCACCAACUAACAUCUCAUUAACAAUUCCAAAAAGAAAUCUUUUAAAGAUUGUAGGAUUUUAAAUGUCUUUACAUAUAUAAAACUAAACAUUUUGUUGUAUAUCUCUCUAGAUUAUACCCUAAAACCUUUUGGUAGUAUGUAGUUUUGAAAAAAAAAAAAAAAACCAACCCACAGCAGUUUUGUAUUUAUGUUUAUAAAACUCCUUUAAACUUUUUCUUAAAAAUCGUUUUAGUAUUAGGAAAAGAAUACUUAUUUUUGUUUCUUUUAACAACAAAUCUAUAUUAUUCGUAGAUUUAGCUUAACAGUUAUGGACAAUUUUUAAGAAAUUACAAAUUUCUUUUGUGUUAUAAAUAAAAUACUAUAUGAACUGAAAA